AAUUACUUUACCAGAAUAGUAUCAUGACUAAGUUAAGAUGGUGCCAAAGUUGUACGGUUUGUUGUUUAGCUUAUUGACUGUGUCUUCAUCUGUUACACCGAGUUUCGAUUUGGAUUUCGAGUUGCCCGGUGACCGAUGGACCUUUAGGAAUGCAAAACGUCUUGAUGAGGAAGACGGGAUCUGUUUGCGAAUAAAACCAUCCACCAAAGAUAUAGUGAGAAGAUUUUAUGCCAUAUUACCAUAUUUCGACAAAGAACACGCAAAUGCGGCCUUUCUCCACAAGUUCCGGGGUACAGUAUACGGGAUGUCGGAGGGGGAAGACAUCCUGGAUCGGGAAGCGGCCUUCUACGCCGCCAUAUUGGCUCCCAUGGUCUUCUUGCAGCAGUACCGGGACACCUGGUGUCUUUUGGAGAGGUUUCAUCGAGCAAUGCGUCUGUACCAGAUCUCUCAUCCUACAGAGAAACGGUCGUCUUUGAAACUGCUACAGUCCUUGAGAAGUAUCAAUUUAAAAAUUCGAUCGUUCAUUUACGAGGUAGCCGGAGGGGAAGCGGUCACCUCAACGUCAAUAGAUCCGGAGGAUGUGUACAACCAUGAAAAGAAGGAUGUUAAGUUCUUCAAAGAACUGAUUAAAAAUCUUGGCUGA